AUCAAUAAAAGCCUCCAAAAUGAUAAAGCUAAUUUUCUAUUGCACAUUCGCCGGCAUUUUAUUGUCAUCUGCAUACGUAUAUGCGGGUGAUGAAAAGUACACGACGAAAUACGACAACGUAAACCUUAAUGAUGUUGUAGCGAACGAGAGACUGUUAAAAAAUUACGUUGACUGUCUAUUGGAACAAGGAAGUUGCACACCAGACGGGCAAGAAUUAAAAAGGAACAUGCCCGACGCAAUCGAAACCGACUGCAGCAAAUGCAGUGAUAAACAGAAGGAAGGGUCGGAUUUCAUUAUAAAGUUUUUGAUCGACAACAAACCUGACUAUUGGGAACUUUUGGAAAAAAAAUACGACCCAUCUGGAAGCUACAAGGAGAAAUAUCUGGCUUCGAAAAACAUGUAAUUCUAUUAAUUGUACUUGAUUGUCUUGUGAACUAGUAAAAAUCUGCAUCCACAA